AUGAAAUUGCUUCGAAGUUUAUCGCCCCUGUCCGUUUUGAUACUGGUUUGUGCCCUGCCGGCCGUGUCAGCUCACGGUGAUGAGGAGGGCCAUUCGAUGGAUAUGGCUGUGGACGCGGGCAUGCAGGGUCAGGUGCACCCUGCAGGGGAUCAUGCAUCUGGCGGUAUGGCCGGUUUGGGCAGUAGUAGUAUAAGUGCUCCUGAAAUGUCCAUGACGCCUUCUCCGGUUAGUAUGAAGGGCCAUCAUCACCAUGGGAUGUUCAUUUUGGACGACCCGGAUUUGGAACCUCAGCAGAGAGCGUACUGGGAGCAGUAUAAUACUACAAACUACCUGAAUGAGGAGAUCACUAAUGGCAAGUCGGCAAAGGGUCUGCUUGUGGCUCAUAUGGCUCUUACUUUUAUUGCCUGGUUCUUUCUUUAUCCGGUCACUGUUACGAUUUCGGCCGAAAAGAACGCUUCGUCGGUGUAUCUUGUUCUGCAGACUUUACAGUCGACAGUGGCCCUUGUAGCGCUGUUUUUACUGGCUCUGUAUGCCCCAACAGCUCCUGAUCUUUAUCCAAAAAAUGCCUAUGGUAGAAUGUCGAUUAUCUUGUUUUUCAUUGUCGUGCUUCAUUGGACGUCGAUGAUGAUCAAGGCAUUGGCAAGAUGGGCUCUUAAUUCUUCUGUUAGUGGUCCUAUUGAUGGCACAGAGUAUAUGCUAGCUAAUUUGCAUCACGACGAGGAGAGUCGUCCUUCGCAUGAUAGUGGUCAUGGUUCAGGAUCUAACGGGGUUGUUACUCCUACUGCUAAUACGGCAACCACAUCUGGCAACUUUCGCCCUGAUGUGGAUGCUUCUGCUUAUGAUAUGGACGGAGAAGAGGACGAGUUAGAUUCGCUCAAUGUAGACUCUGCAUUGAAUCACUCCACGCCAGUGAUGUUUGAAGUCAGACUUCAGGAGAGAUUGUUCGCUAGACUAUUCAAGUACCCCCUCGUUAAGAGCUCGGUGUCGAGACUCGAGCAGUCGGCGGGUAUCAUUUAUACGCUCAUCAAUAAGCCUCUGUUUGUGUUUUCGUUUGUCUAUUUAUUAACUGGCGUGGCUGUAUUUUAUAGACUUGGAAUGGCCAACAAGGUGUUCCCUGUUUUAGCUCAUUUCAUUAAAGGUGGUGUAUUUUUCUUAUUUGGUAUUCUUACUUUGGGUAGAUACUGUGGUGCUUUUGCCAAUCGUGGUAUGGCUUGGAACAUCCGACCUGGCUCUGAAUCUGAUCCUGACAUGAACUUCGCCAGGAAGAGAGAAGCUCCUUCUGAUUCGUAUUUGGCUCCUUUCAAAAGGCCCUUUGUACCUAAAGAGAACAUUGUUUCUCGGUUCUUUUCAGCUCUUGUGGAAAGAAUCCCUUCUAUGGAGUUUAUUGAAUGCUUUUUGAUCUUCUUCUACGGCAUCACUAAUGUAUUUUUGGAAAGAUUGGCGAACCCUCACGGAGCCUGGGCACACAAGGAUCUCCAACAUGUGUCGAUUGCAUUUAUGUACAUUGGAGGAGGUUUGUGUGGUCUUAUUGUCGAGUCACGCUCUUUCCGGAAUCUGCUUUCUAGUGCCCGAUUAAACGUCACUGAAGAAGCCAAAGCAAGAUCUACCGUCAGUUUUAAUCCUAUUGCUGCAUUUGUUGUGUUCUGGACUGGUGUUCUCAUGUCACAGCAUGAACAAGAAACUCCUCUUGCUACUUCUAUUCAUGCUCAAUGGGGCAUUCUGUUUUGUGUCGCGGCUAUAUUCCGUCUCUUCACAUAUCUGAUGCUUUAUUGUGUUCCUCCUAGCAGUUCACAACCAUCGCGUCCCUUUACUGAGCUCGUGGUAUCCUUUUGUCUUAUCUGCGGAGGUAUGGUAUUUAUUGAAUCCAACGGCCAAACUGUAGAAGCAAUGAUGUACCUGGGUCUCGAUUCCAUGUUUUCUCUCAAUGUUAAUGUUGGAUUUGCUGUACUUAUCAUGUCAUGGGUAAUGGCUGUGUUAACAAUUAAAGGAUGGCUGGCUGGCCAUUAG